AUUGGUCCAACAACACUCUGAAUUCGGCCUUGGUUGUUAAUGAUCGAUUCUGUACCGAACAAAAUCCUCCCCCUCCCUCAAUUUAAAACCCAGGACAAAAAGGAAGCCUAUAAUUGUCGCAGGAUUUCGUUUCGGGUAACAAUUUUGCCUCUGUACGACAAGCUUAGGUGAAACGUGGCUGCCUUUUGAUCAACGAGGAAACAGCAACGACGAGGUACUUUGCCUGUAAAGCUAAUUCUUAAAGGAUCUGAAUUUGUUUUAUAAAGACUCUGAAAAGUGAUGUUGUCUUUACGAGGAGCUGCGGUUCUUAUCUUCUGCUGUGUCCUUCACAUCACAGCCGUCGCAGGCCUUCAUUCUGCGACAAAGUUUACAAAGGAACCUCCAUCCAAAAUAUAUGCAGUUGAGGGAUCUGAUGUCACUUUCCAUUGGGAACUGAGUUUUGGCGAUUUUCAAGACUGGAAACUGCUUGGACAGAUUAUUUGGGGACAAACAGACGGAAAUGAUCAUAUCAGGAACAAGUAUAUCACAGUAAAUAAGCAGAGUGCAGUGUUCAACCCCAUACUUGAUACUUCCAUUAAAUCCAGAACUAGUUGGAUUGGAAAUGUUACUCGGCAUCGAUGUAAGCUAAUGUUCGUUUUAAGAAAUGUGAGCAAAGCAGAUCAGACCACAUAUGGAUGCACGGUGAAAGUGGAUGGGCUCGAUACAAGGAGUGGUCCAAUAAAUCUAUUCGUUUAUGAUCCUAUCCCACCAAAAUUUACCCGUCGAUCGAAUGCGAACGUAAAUGCCGAUGAGGAAGAUGACCUACGAUUGCACUGCAACGCAAGUGGUGACCCCAGACCCAGUAUCACUUGGAGUAAAGAUGGAACUCCUCUUCAGAACAGCAGUUCAUCUGCUGUGCUUCAAAUUCCAAAUUUACAACAAAGAGAUGCUGGUAAUUAUACCUGCACCGCGAAAAACCGAGCUGGGUCUGUGUCUCACAGCAUGGUAGUUAGAGUUGUGCGAUAUAAGCCUCGCAUCAACAAAACAGCUUCUUCAAAGCCAUUAUUCCAAUCAUGGAUUGGGAAGGUGACCACCCUGAGGUGCUCUGCAGAUGCUGAGCCUCUGGCAAACUUUACUUGGUUCAAAGAUGGCCAACGGAUUGUGCAUGGUGUGAACUCUGCGCAUAAAAUGGGCACGCUAACGCUGAGACCUAAGACUGCGGGCGAUUUUGGUUCGUAUUCCUGUAGAGCGACAAACAUCAAAGGAGCUGCCUGGUAUCAUAUGAGAAUAUUUCAAAUUUAUGCACCCAGUCCGCCUAUCAUAUACCAAGUGACACCGGACGUGCUUAAAUUCGACAUCACAUGGAAUAUGACAAAAGUCAAAAAUAGCAGCCGCACAAUAGAGUUUAUGAUUACCCUGCUUGAUGUAAACAGACAUAUGCUUCAGACACAUAGUGGAAUUAAGGGAACAUUCUUCACUCUUAAAAAUUUGCAACAAAACAGAACAUACAUAUUGAUGCUACAAGCAAGAAAUAUUGCCGGUUAUGGACAAGCCGCGAAUGUCACUGUUAAAACACUUGAAGCAGAUCCACCCAAGCCCCCCAAAGUCGUGGUGGUGCCAAAUGUACUGUCGUUAAACGUAACCUGGUUUUCAUCCAUUGAAGACAACAGCAUCAAGAUUUAUGAUUACCUCGUAAAAGUUGUAGACUAUGUUUCAAAUACACUGGUACAGGAAUACAAGAAAGUAAAGGAAACAUCGUUGGUGAUAAACAAAUUGAUGAAAAACAGGACUUAUUUUGUGGCAAUACAAGCGCGAAACGAGGUCGGUUAUGGAAAGCCAUCCAAUGUUAGUGCCACGACUCUACUGGCAGGGCCGCCGGAUGCACCAUUAGUAACAAACAUCAGUGUUAGUGGAAAACAAUGCUCACUGCAAUGGAGGGAGCCUUAUAAUGGACAAAGCGCCAUUUUAAAGUACACUGUUUAUGUUUGGGGGUUUGUGGCAAGACUUGAAUCAUACACUAAGGAUAGGUUAGGCUUGUGGAAUACCACCAACCUGAGUUACACCCUAGAACUUGACUGGGACAAAAUGUACUGGAUGGCUGUGUCGGCAUGGAACAAAUAUGGCGAAAGUUUCCCCCUGUUGCGAAGGAAAUUUAGAACCGAAAAAAAUCCUAAAGCGCAAAUUUCAACAAAGAUGCCCACGGUACCCACUUCAAGUUUUACCCUCCUAUCAAGUAAAAAACAAGAAUCGACCGUCACGAAAAGGAAAACCGAAAAACUUCCAACAGAACUGCCUACUGCCAGACAAGCUGAGACCAGUGAAAACAGAACAGGCAUAUUUUCCUUUUACGCACCAAUAUGGUUCGUCGCGCUGGCAUUUGUAACACCUAUUUUCAUGUUCGUGGUUUGGAAAAUCACCAGAAGAAUUAUCGUCAAGCAUUGUUCCAAAAGCAGUGGUGAUAGCGAUAAGCAAACAGAAAUUGAAAGCGAUGUUGACAGUGAACUGGGUAAUCCUUCUUAUCUUGCGAGUAUGGUGGAGCUAAAAGAAACAUCGGUUUUGAAUGAAUAUGAAUCCAUAACGGACAUCUUUCAGAAGAACUUGAACCUUGGAUACUCGAUGGAGGAUGAGAAACCCAGAUACAGCAGGAACCCUGUGACACAUGAUUACUGCUAUGUUUCAGAGGGGUCUUCGGUGUAUAGCCAUCUUAAUGACAUACCCACCGGCCGAGGCUCAAAAAGCCUCAAAAGCUCGAAACGCUCGUUUCCAGAUGACAAGCUGGGACAAGACAAUGGACACUUGACAACUGGACUAGGGAUGUUUGACAUGCAAAUGUACUCGCAUCUUACUCACGGCGAACCGCCUACAAUUGGAGUUAAAAGAGGUAUCUUGCCAGAAACAAGUUUCCUUCUUCCUCCAUCGCAGAAAUGGGAAAUUUCCAGGGACAGACUUAGAAUUGAAAACACCGUCGGCCGAGGGGAGUUUGGGCUUGUCAAAAAGGGUUACGCACUGGAUGUCACAGAGGAAGGAGGUUGGGCGAUAGUCGCAGUUAAGACAGUAAAAGAAAAUUCAAAUGGAUCACAACGCGAAGAUUUGCUAUCAGAACUAAAGGUGAUGAAGGAACUAUUCUCACAUAAACACGUGGUUCAACUUCUGGCUUGCGUCACAAAAUCUGAGCCAUUAUGUGUCAUCACUGAAUAUGCCCCUUACGGUGAUCUACUGGGCUUCUUGAGAAAGAAACGAGGUUUAAGGGAUGAUUACUACGACAUACAACAACUCCCCGAAAGAAGCCUUACAUCACAGCUGUUGAUGAAAUUUGCCUGGGAGAUUGCCGAUGGAAUGGCACAUCUCAGCGCGGCAAAGAUUAUCCAUCGUGACCUGGCAGCGAGGAACGUCCUUUUGGGGGAAAAUUUGACGUGUAAAGUCACAGAUUUUGGGAUGGCGCGAAACACGCGCAGCAAAGAUAUUUACGAAAGGACGUCGGAGGGUCGCCUUCCUUUAAAAUGGACAGCACUUGAAUCCUUGGAGCACGGACGUUACACUACGAAAAGCGAUGUAUGGAGCUUUGGAGUGGUCCUGUAUGAAAUAUUCACUAUUGGUGGUGCUCCUUAUCCUGGUGUGAAUGUUUCCGAGCUGACAAGAAAGUUAAAAAGUGGCUACAGAAUGGAGAAACCAAAUCAUGUACACAAUAAAUUGUACGACCUCAUGCGAUCCUGUUGGAAUAAAGAUCCGGAUAAGCGACUCACGUUUUCGCAACUUAACAAGACUUUGAACCAAUUGGACAGGGAGAUUCAGAAGUGCAUCAAUCUGAGAGCGUAUAAUGGCAAACUUUAUGAGGACUUCCAAGUUUUUAAAAAAUAGACCGUAGCAAGUAAGAGUUGCUGUCAGGGCAAAAUUUUUUUGCUCGGAAUAAAGUACAAAUAAUAUUUAUUUUCUCCGUAUUCCCAAUUGAGGAGUUCUUAAAUUGAGUUAGGAAAACUGUAGAGGUGUAGUGGAAGGCGAAUUAAUCAUGACGAUCGACGAUGUCUUCCUCGUAGACACGGUAGAGUAAACUGGUCAUGAAAGGCGGCAAAAUCAAGGGUAAAAAAAUAGUGCUACAGUUCAGCUUGGGUGUUCUUCAUGGUGACUAAUUUUUUUUCUGUGUCUUUACACAAUAUGACUUAAGCAUUAGUGAAACUUUCCAUUGAACAGGUAGUUCAAAUCAUUGAUAAGAUUUUGCGCGGGCUGGUGCAAAAAACCGUUAAAAAAACAGAGAAAAGAAAUCUGUCGUUUUUUCAUAACCAGUUGUGCCUUUCAACCUUAUUAGUAUGGAUUGAAUUGUAGGUCAAUAGUAAAGUACUAAUUACGCUCAAUGUAGCUUUAAACAUUUUAUUUUUUAAAUUUCACGAUGGAAUUUCUUAGUGCAUUGUAGGAAAACGCUUAGAAUUUCAAUGAGAUCAAUAUAUUUGUUAGUUUGAUCAAAAAAGACCCAUGGUUCAUACCAUGGACCUCCACAAAUGAAAAUGAAGAACUUUCCAUCACAAUACCUGGUUAUCCACGUUUAUUUAACGUAGCAUAUUUCCAUGCGUUUAUAAUUUCUCCCUCCAUAAAAGUCGUAAAACCCUCGUGUAGAGACCACAUUAAAAAAUUACGUUCAGUCUGUGUAUAUAGGUAUGCUUCAGAGGAAUGUAAUAUAAUAACUGCGGGUAGGGGACUCGGUGCAGUGAUUAUUUUCCACGGUUGUGGUUAUUGUAAGUUAUUCUUUUACCGUAGAUAAUGAAGAUCUGUAUAUUUAUUUUUUUUUUGGGAGAGUGGAAGUCUUGAAAAAUCCAAGCAACUUAAACAGUAUGAAGUAUUGAUAACCUUUCGCAGCGGCCAUUUAAUGUACAAAAUUGUAUUUAAUGAUUUUAUGAAUCUGUUAACUUUGUCAUUAUAUUAUAGUUGACGGUCAAUUUGAAUCUGUGGGUAUAUUCUUAAUGACAAAUAACGAAUAAAAGAAGAAGCUUGCAAUGACUUUCAAGUACAUCGAUUUUAACUUUUGACAACAAUUAUAUUUUUAUAUAAAAGUGUCAAAGAAAAAACGUUCCUCAACGUGCUUAAUUGCUUGUCACGACGUCAACAUGGUCGCGUGUGAUUUCUACCGUCAUACUUCAAAAUCGUACUAAUUUCAGCCGAAACUCUCGAUAAUGUAAGAAUUCGAUUCAAACGUUUAUUUGGGUUGGAUAUCGUCAAUUUAGCCAUUCAACCUUGUUGACUUCAUGUUGCGUGCAUGUUAUAGAACCCGGAAAAAAAAUUGGGUGAUUUAUAUCGGUAAGACGGAAACGUGUGGGCCGUCACGUCAUGCCAUGGAAACGUGGUGGCAAACAUUGUACUUUGAUCCUUACGGCGUUGUCAGAAGCUAAUAACUGCUGCUCUGUUUGUGGAAAACUGAAUAUUUCUUAAAACGACACAAUAACAUCUAGAUGGGCAGUUGUUUUUGAUUAAACGUUCUGGAAUGUUGGAGUUGAACAAAAUAAUGACGACUGCUCGAUUGCUAUCGGACGGGAAAUUCUGGCGCAAUCUUAAGCGCUUCAAAGAAAAGAGGUCUUUCGUGUUGGCGUCAGUUCACUGCUUAGAUGGCGUGUUAAUUACAUUGUGCUCGGUUGAUGUGUUCACGAUACUUAGACAAGAUAAACAGUAGAGAUUUUUCCGCAUUCGUGUUCAAUCCAAACCCGUUCACCAAUCCGUUCCAGUUUGGCCACAAUGACGGAGAUUUUGGAUCUACAUUUUAAAGUAAACUUUUACGUUCAAAUGCAUGAAACAAUACUUUUAAAGUCUUCUAUUUUUUUCUAAAAAUUCUGUUAACUUACUUUAUGUGAUAAUGUAUCAUAUCACUACAAGUACAAAGGUACAGAACCUUUCUAUCUUUUUGGGAACUUAACCCUUUAUUAUUGUUUGAGGUGUUAUUGGGAAAGAAUACGAACAGUAAAUGGCUCACUGAAGGAUUUUCAUGUUAUCACAUGUCGAACCAAGAUCGUGGUUGUGACAUUUGAAUCCAUUUAAACUAUUUUAGGAAGACAGUCGAAAUGAAUAAUCUUGUUAAAACCAAUUUCAGUAAGGAAUGAAACUGGAUUUACCUUUGUGUGUAAACAGUUUAGAAUCCGAAUGCCCCUCUGUUGAAAACUACAAGCAAAGUAGGAAAAUCUUCUGCGGUGUGAACUCGUGCUAAAGCGUUUUUGUUGCUUGUUUGGUUUGUCUAGUUUAUUCAACAAAGACAAAAAUAAUUUUGUCGUGGCCAAUUUCAUUCCUUUUAUUGUCUGGUAGAAUUGAUCAACAAUUAUUUGGUUGCGGUUGGUUUAAAUUGUGUUAGCGAAACUAUUUUGACGAAGUAACAAUGGGUCCUGUAAAUAGUGCAUCUGGCAUGUCGACUUAAGUGGUUCCUGUUAUCUUUUUAACUCUUUUAUAUUAAUAGUAACUGUAAUUGAUACACCUCCCUUACUUUGUUACAGCCAACUAAGAUUGAUCUAGAUUGCGAAGCUGAUCUGACUAAGUCAGUUUACCUCAGGUUUUUAAUCAUGCUCGGUGCUGUUUGUUUAACUGAGGUUAGGGUGAAGCUUGGUGCACUAAAUGGUAUAAUUUGUGUUAGGCUCUCUGCAUGAGAUCGCCUACGUUAAUCCCUGCAGUAAGUGAUCAUGUCAUGGCAUUGUUGGUAUAGAAGGCCAUAUGUUUUUGAACCACAGGCCUACAUUUUGAGGAUAGAGUCGUUGUAUCUUUCCAUCUACAUGAGCCAGAGAAAAACUUUAAGGACGAAAAACAUGCAAAGAAAGCUCAGUUGCGUAGACUGCUUUCAAUGCGAAUAUUACAGCUGUCCUUAGCAGAUUGAGUUCAACACUUUCAACAACUUGUCUGUCAAUAAGGAACUGUAUUCAGGGGGUUGUGAUACAGUUGCCCUUGAUGAAACCCCGAACAUGAAAAAACCCUGAACCUGAUCAAAAGAAGGUGAAAAUUACACUGGGAAAUCAAAGGCGUAAUAAUUGUGUGAUAUGGACUCCAAACAGAACAGUCUCCAUCAGUUCAGACCAUUAUUUUCGCCUAUAUGUUGCGUUCUUUGAAAAGAAGGCAGAUAUCCAACGUAAAGGCCGAUUUUCCCAAUCCAGGAGGCAUCAUUGAUGGCGACGAAGAAGGCAAGCUGACCUCAUGUUGGGAUACUCUGUUGUGGGCUGACAUCCGCUAAGGAGGUGAAACAAUACGUGGCUGUCGGCGUCCUUCUCGUGGAAUCCUGCUGCAUGAGUAAACGAGAUAAGCCUGUACUCGUGGCUUAACAGUUUUCCCGAUGAUUUUCUUCAGCAAUCAAGAGCGUUUACAUAGUGUAUGAAAUUGUGUGAGGGUUUGUAAAGAAUAUCUAUUUCAUCCUUAUUUUUUUAAUAAAAUUAGUUACAGUAUCAAACGAAAA